AUGUGGCCAGAAGCGGCACCGUCCGGCAGUGGGUCGCGGUCGCGUUCUGGCACACAUUCCUUACAUUACGAACAACCAUGGGAUGCGGCGGGUGUGAACGCGAGCGGGCACCGCGAUAGGCCGAACAUGAUUGAAAUGCAUAACACAGUCGAAGCCAACAUUGAACUCUCGAACAUAAAUCAUCAAGAGGACGCCGACAGUGGGCCGGACAAGCGCGUGCUAUUGGAGGCAUGA